AUGCCGAAAAGAAAAAAAAACAAAAGGUCUCAAAAGACACAGUCUCAAGAAACUGAAAGUCAAAACGUUAAUUACAAGAAAAACAUUGAAUACCCCACAUUUACAGAUAAUACGCAGAUAUUUGAAAGUCCAACGUCUACAAGUAGUACGCAGAUAUUUGAAAGUCCAACGUUUACAGGUAUUACGCAGAUAAUUGAAAGUCCAACAUUUACAGAUGAAUCACAGAAAGACAAAAAUCCGACUAAUGAUAUCCAGACCAUUGACUGUUUAGCACUUACGUAUAGUACUCAAGAAAAACCAAGUCCUACAUUAAGAUAUGCCAACAACGAACAUACUGGGUCCGGCCAAGCCAAACGUAGAAGAAAAAAUACUGAUUACACACAGACUAAGCAAAUACGAAAUACUGAGAGCCACAGAGCCACUCGUCAGAUUCCCGUCAUUAUACAGGCAGAGCAACAACGCAACACGCAGGCUCAUCGCUUAGCUCGUGAAAACCCUAUCUUCCGGGAUACAGAACAGCAGCGGGACACGCAGGCUCGCCGUGAAGCUCGAGAAAACCCUAUCUUCCGGGAUACAGAACAGCAGCGAAAUACGCAUGCUCACCGCAUAGCUCGGGAAAACCCAGUCUUCCGUGAUAUAGAGCAACGGCGUGAUACCCAGGCUCACCAAAUAGCUCGCAAAGAUCCACAUUAUUCACAAAUUGAACGAGCUAGAGACACCAGAGCUCGACAAUCGGCGCGUUGUAAUUCUAUUAAUGAUUGGGAUAAUGUUAAACGAAAAUAUUUUAAUAACACCAAGGAAGGAUACAAUCAUCCUUGUUCAUGUUGUGGUAGACUAUGGCACAAAAAUUCUGUAAGGAAACUAAUAAAGCAUUCUAUUUCGACUAAAUAUAAUGCAGAAUUCGCGUUAAGUGUAUUUAAUUUAAAUCCUUGUGAUGAAUCUGCUGAGUUUUGCUGUACGUGUGCUAAAUAUAUAACUCAAGGGCGAAUGCCACGAUUAGCAAUAGCUAAUGGAUUGAAGUUUCCAGAUAUUCCGGAUGUUUUGAAUAAAUUAACUUCAAUGGAGGAGAGAUUAGUAAGUCCUCGUCACGUAUUUUUGAAAAUAGUUCGUAGAGGCCAGGGAUUAGGAUAUCAGCAUGGUUUAUCAGGAAAUGUUAUUAAUGUACCUGUAAAAAUUAAUAACAUGGUAAAAGCUUUGCCUCGGUCGAUAAAUGAUGACAAUGUCAUCACUGUAGAGUUGAAGCGUAAAUUCUGUUAUAAACAUGGUCGAAAAGAACAAGUCCGCCCGGAAAUCAUACGGAGAGCAGCGGAAUAUUUAGUAACGUGUGAUCUGUUUCGGACAUAUGGUAUAGAACUUGAAGGUUCAUGGACAAAUAAUGAAACUGAAGACACUGUCGAAUGUACCUGUAGUUCACCUGAGCAGGAGAGCAAUGUUGAUGAGAUCCCCGAUGUAAAUCCUGGUGGCACAGAAACUCUGUUAGAUGAAAACCAAGACCUAUCAAUAGUUAUGGCUCCAGGAGAAGGUGAAAGGCCAAUUUCCUUGCUUUUUGAUCGACAUCUGGAAGAGCUGGCUUUCAUAAAAGUACAUUGCGCUAUUGAGCGAAAAUACCUCGUGAACUUAAGUCAUUCUGAAGUCACACGUUCAGAAAUUUCCAGAAAUGACAGGCGAGCUGUAAGACCUGAUUACCUAUUUACUGCCCUGAAAAAGCAACAAACUAUUGCCGUCAAAAAUAAUGUUACGACCUGUUUACGCAAAAAAACUGUCCGAGGUGCCCCUGUAUUUGCAUGCAAUGUGCUUCAAAAUAAUUUUGUUGACAAUUUAGUUCAACAUGACGAUGGGUAUCGUGUUCUUGGAGGAAUUAGAAAUUCUCCUGCUCACUGGGAAAGUGAAAAGAAAAAGUUGUUGGCAAUGGUUAGACAGUUCGGUGUUCCCACUUUAUUUUUAACUAUAUCUGCUGCUGAAGUACAAUGGAUUCCAUUAUUAAUUUUGCUUAGUGAAGUAGUUGAUAAGAAAAAACUUACUGAGCUUGAAGCGGAAAACUUGCCAUACGAUACAAAAACUCGCCUUAUACAAUCCGAUCCGUUCAUUUGCGCCACAUAUUUUGAAAUCAAAUUAAAAGAAAUUCAAAAAACCUGGUCCUGUUCAUCUGGACCUUUCUUAAAUUAUAAAAUCACACACUUUUAUUAUCGCAUUGAAUUUCAGCAUAGAGGAUCGCCUCAUGCUCAUAUGAUGUUAUGUGAGAUCUCUGCUCAAGAGGCAAUCUAUGUACUGACUGGUUUACCGCUGUCACGAGCUAGUGAAGCUGCAAUGUACAUAAACACUAGUUUGCCACAAGAGCGAGUGCAUAUUUUAAAAAGUUACCUUGAAUUGCAAAGCCUCGAACCUGAUUCUUCCGAUAUAUUCCAAAAGGGUAUUAUUGAUUAUUAUUCAAAACGACCACUAUCGUUAGAAAACAUAAGUCUUUCCCAUUUUGUAGCAUAUUACACCUAUUCCAAAAAAACUCAUUCAGCUAGUUCAAUAGAAACUCUCAAUGACAGUUCUCAAGCAAUUAAUUAUUCCCAGGCUGUUGAAGAAGUUGAAGCGGAAGGGAAUUGGAUUCCUUUGCAAGAUAAUUUAGGAUACAUACGGAAAAGAACUAAAACUCGAGUAAUACGAUUUCGCCGGUACAGUUACAUUGAUGAUCCAGACAAUUUCUAUAGGGAACAGAUAAUGCUAUACAUCCCUUGGCGAAGCGAGGAGGAAGAAUUACUAAAUCCCAACAUAAAUAUAAAGGACAUAUUUGACGAGUAUAAAGAAAGAAUAAAGGCCGAAAGUAAACAAUUCAAUAAACUAGGUGAUGCUGAAAUGUUUGAAACAUUGCUAACAGAAAUAAGAAAUGUAGAAUUAAUAAACGAAGAAGAAGAUUUGCAAGGAAGAGGAGUCAACGUGGAUGUAUUUGAAGGCUUUGAAUUUGAGACGCAAACAGUAGAUAUAGCAGAAGAACUCAUUCCAGGCGGUAAUCCCGGGCCGCAAUUGUGUGGUGACCCCUCAACUUUCAUUGCGCAACCACCUGUCUUGUCCCAUGACGAUUUUUUGAUUCUUACUAGAAAACUAAAUGAUGCUCAAAGAGACACGUUGUUUCAUAUUUAUCAACACUUUUCCAUUACUUCUCCACAUCCACUAUAUUUAUUUAUCAGUGGUGGGGCUGGCGUUGGCAAAAGUAUUCUGAUUAAAGCAAUUUAUCAAUGCCUAACUCUCUUAUUUAACAGAGAAGCUGGUAGUAAUCCCGAUGAAUUAAAAAUACUUUUAACAGCUUUUACCGGUAAAGCUGCAUUCGGAAUAGGAGGGCAAACAAUCCAUAGCGCACUUGGACUUCCAGUGUCUCAAGCGGGCAAUAUUUUACCAGAGCUGUCACCAAGUGUGGCCAAUACUCUGGCCACAAAACUAGCAAAACUACGUUUAAUUGUAAUUGAUGAAAUUUCAAUGCUAGGAUCCAGGACAUUCCAUCAAAUAAAUCGUAGACUUCAGCAAAUAUUUCAUUCUUCUACCUUCUUUUCUGGAAUUUCAGUGAUAGUAGUUGGAGACUUCAGACAAUUACCACCUGUUGGCGACAACUGGGUGUUUCAAGCUAAUUCUCGAAAUCCUUUAGCAGAAAUAGCAGGUACGCCGCUUUGGGAUUUAUUUGUACUGACAGAGCUUAAAGAAAUAAUGCGUCAAAGGGAUGAUGUUGCCUUUGCAACGGCAUUAAAUAAUAUGGCUAGUGGAUGUAUGUCACCUGAAGAUGUCAAUUUAAUUGAAGGUCGGUGCUUUAGUAAAUCAUCACUUCCAGACACGUGUAAGGGCGCAGUUCAUCUAUUCAGCAGUAACCGAGAAGUUGAUGGGCAUAAUUCUAAAAUACUCUCAAAUAUGACUACCGAAGGAGCGAUAUCCCGGGCUGUGGAUAGAGUAAGUGGCGAAGCUAAUCCUGCUAUGAAAGAAAAAGCUCUAAACACAGUUGCCAAGUUACCCACGUCUCAAACCUACGGAUUACCUAAUGCUAUAACUUUAAAAAUCACGGCUAAAUAUAUGAUGACAGUAAAUAUUAACACGUCAGACGGACUAGUGAAUGGAACCACGGGGGGUACUGACUGCGAUUGA